AUGGAUGAACAAUUAAAAUGGAAUCCAGUUGAAUUCAAUGAUUUAACCAACAUCUCCAUUCCAGCUAGUGAAUUAUGGCGACCAGAUUUGGUCCUUUUUAAUAAUGCUGAUGGUAAUUAUGAAGUAACAUUAAUGACAAAAGCUACUGUUUAUUUUGAUGGUCGUGUUAUUUGGGAGCCACCAGCAAUUUAUAAAUCAAGUUGUACAAUUAAUGUGGAAUUUUUUCCUUUUGAUAUUCAACAUUGUCAAAUGAAAUUCGGUUCAUGGACAUAUUCAGGUGAACAAGUUGAUCUUGUUCAUAUCAAUCAAACAAAUGGUUCAGCACCUGUUUACGGCAAUAAUAGUGUAGCAUAUGCAAUUGAUUUAGCUGAUUUUUAUCGUUCAGUUGAAUGGGAUAUAAUGGAAGUUCCAGCCGAACGAAAUGUUCGAAAAUAUACAUGUUGUCCUCAAACAUAUCCUGAUAUAACAUUUUUAAUAGUACUUCGUCGUAAAACACUUUUCUAUACCGUUAAUUUAAUCAUACCAUGUGUAGGCAUAUCAUUUUUAACUGUUUUAACAUUUUAUUUACCAUCUGAUUCGGGUGAAAAAGUGGCACUUUGUAUAUCAAUCUUACUUUCAUUGACUGUAUUUUUUUUACUGUUAGCUGAACUUAUUCCACCAACAUCACUUGUUGUACCAUUAGUUGGUAAAUAUCUUUUAUUUACAAUGAUUCUUGUCACAUUAUCUAUUGUUGUUACUGUCGUUGUACUUAAUAUACAUUUUCGUUCACCAUUAACACAUCAAAUGCCACCAUGGGUACGACGUGUAUUUUUACAUGUUUUACCAAAAUUAUUAUGGAUGCGUCGACCAAAAACUAUUGAUCCAUUGAACUAUAAUAUGUCAUCAGUUAAUCAAAAUCGUAUGAAACAAAAUAAUCGAGCUCCAACAACAACAAAUUUUGUCAUACCAUUACUUCAUUCAAGUCCAUAUCAAAUCCGUAAACGAAAAACACGUUUACUCGAUGAUUAUGAUGUUGAUUCUGAUGGACUUGAAAUAAUAAAUGAUGAUCAUGAAAUAAAACAUAAUCAACAUCUCGAUGAACCAUCACUUUAUCCACAUGAAAUAAAAAAAGCCUUCGAUGGUUUAAAAUGUAUUGCAACACAUAUGAGACAAGAAGAUGAAGAAAAAAAAGUUAAAGAAGAAUGGAAAUAUGUUGCCUUAGUUAUUGAUCGUCUUUUUCUUUAUAUAUUUACAACAGCUUGUGUUGCUGGUACAUGUGGAAUUAUUCUACAAGCACCAUCAAUUUAUGACAAUCGAAAACCAAUUGAUGUUAUUAAAUCUAAUCGUUUUUAA